UAGGGCUCGUGGAGAAGGCGAUGGCGGACGAGGAGAGCUCUAGCGCAUGGCUCCACUCGGCGCUGAUGCGCGUUUGCUCCGAUCAAGCGGCGUUGGGCCUCCAGCUCGAUUCCGACACCGUCGCCAGUCUGGUUUGCUACUGCGAGCUCGCCACGCCCGCCGACGCCGCGGAAUACAUCGUUAACAUUGUCGGACACGAAUCGUGCGUGGAAAUCGUCGAGGAGUAUUUAAAACGGAGGACCACACCGCCAACCACGAUCAAAUCCAGCACCGGUACGCCAUUGCAAGCAUAUCAAAAGCCUCAGGAAGAAUCGACGUGGUCGGCCGGAGGGAAGAAUGCCUCUCGAGCUGGAAAGCAAAAAGUCGCUAGCGGUCGCGAGGCAAAUCCUGCUGCUGCCGCUGCUGCUCCAACUUCUUCCACAAAGGCUGCAUCGUCUAGAAGAGAAAAAGCUUCCUCUGGAAGAGCAAAAAAGGGAGUGACAGUGGCGGAGGCAAGCAAGAUGAUCCUCAAUCCCGGAAAGCCUUGCGACUGCCAAGCAACGCGGCACGAGCUCGUGAAUAAUUGUUUGUCGUGUGGGAAGAUCGUCUGCCAGCAAGAGGGUGAAGGCCCAUGCAGCUUUUGCGGUGCUCUCGUGCUGAAAGAAGGCAGUGCCUAUGCUGGUCUGGAGGGAAGUCUGUUGCCAACUUCGGAGGCCGAGGCUGCCGCGCAAGCGUUCAAGGACAGAUUGGUGGAGUACGAUCGAAACUCGGCUUCUCGCACGACUGUCAUUGACGACCAGAGCGACUUUUUUGAGAUCGAGGGUGAUUCUUGGGUGUCAGAGGAGGAAAAGCAACUACUGAGGAAAAAGCAAAAGGAGUUUGAGAUGGCAGAGGAGGAACGCAAAAAGCGAGUUGUUGUGACAAUUGAUCUCUUGGGCCGCAAGGUUGCCAUGGCUGGUGGACCAGAAGAAGCAACAGUGGUUGGAAGCAGCAAUUCAGGGAGUUUGGCAACAGCGCAUGACCGGGAGAAAACUUUCCGCGUGAAAGCAAGUCCUGACGUUCGAGAGCUUCCGGUCUAUGUCAACACCGAAUCGUCCAGAGAUAGAGUAAACAAGAGCAAGGCAGCCUCCACAAGCACGGCGGCAGUGACCGGUCGAGUGCAGUACCAGGACGAAUUUACGGAAGCAUUACUGGGUCGCAAGAUGGAGCUUCUAGAGAUUGAUACAGCACAACAGCAUAAGUGGCAGCAACCAAGGCUAAUGAAAGGAUCGUCAGCAUUUGAGGAGGCGUCUCAGAGCUUCGAGUGUGCAUAGAAUUUCACGGGCUGGAUAGCUGGCUGGCUGGUCACGAAAUGGAUACAAGGACGAGAACUGGUUGGUCACGCAUUAGUGGGAGUUUGGAUCAACCAAUCCUUGCUGGACGUGUGGGACUAGAACAGCGACUUGCUUUCUUACAGGAGGAGUUUUCCGGAGUGUAGUGGUUGCCGCUUUUCGUACUCUAAUCACUCCUUUUACGUC